AUGAGCACAUCAUCGCCUGCCCCUGGGGUACAGAACAUGGCUCAGCGAUUGACGGAAAUUGUGCUCCUUAAUCUGAUGACCGCCGACUUCAAGAACCACAUCUUCUACAACUCCAACCGCCGCCUCGAGGAAGCGAAACAGAAGGGGAUCACCCUCAGCGACAUCUCUAUCGGAGACGACUGCCUUGCUACAUGGACUGAUCGCACUUGGGACCCCGAUACAGCGUCUCUGCACGAUUUUCUUCAAGAGGAUGCCUUGAAUCUUCUUGAAGCGCAAGAGGCUAGCGUUAUGGGCGCUGCAGCAGACGAAGCGAAUGCGUUUCUGCUCGAGAGCAAUGGAGAUGAUGAUGGCAGCAUCAAUGAAGAUACACACUCUCUCGAAGCAACACCUCUCAACAAUGAAACCGAAGACACUAAGAGCGACAGGCUCAUGGACAUAGACGAUGCCGAAACUACCGACUCCGACGAAGAAAGUGACUCCGAUAUGGAGUCUGUGGUGGCUGGAAAUGGCGAUGAUCUCGCCAACGACCAGAUCGAAACAUCCAACAUCUUCGACCCUGAGCCCUCGUAUGAUGAUCCCGACGACUACGACGAACCAAACAUUUUCCACGGCGCUCAAGUCAUGGGUGUCCCGGCCCAACACUCCAUCGUUGACCUCGAAGUUUACCUUGCCGAAGAUGAGGACGAGGUCCAAGAUCUUCCACAGCUGGAGUUGGCUAUCGAUCAAGAGUCCUACGAACACUACUUUGGAACUGACGGAGCGAUCGAUCUGGAGAUCGUUGGGGGGCGACUCGUCUGCACCGGAGAGCUUUUUGAGGAGGACCAGGAGAUGACAUUGGAUGAUGUGGCGGACCAUAUGGAGGUCUUGUCACUCACGGCUAGCGAUGACGAACAGCUGGAAGCAGAGGACGGAGAUGGGAGCGGCGAGGAUGAGGGUUGA